ACAAACACUCUUCUCUCAAAGCUCUGGUAGUUAAGUAGUCACGAGUUGAAGAAAACAACAACUACUACUACUAGGGUUUAAGAUGGGUUCCAAAACUUGCUCUUCCCUUGCUCUUUUCCUCACACUCAACCUCCUCUUCUUUGCCCUUGUCUCUUCUUGCGGGACCUGCCCUAGCCCAAAGCCAAAGCCAAGGCAUCACAAGCAUGUCAAGCCAAGCCCUUCAGGUGGAUCUGGCGGUUCAGGUGGUUCAGGUGGCUCGGGAGGUUCAGGUGGCUCGGGAGGCUCAGGUGGCUCUGGUGGUUCAGGUGGCUCGGGUGGUUCUGGUACUUCAUGCCCCCGUGAUGCACUCAAACUAGGUGUAUGUGCCAAUGUGUUAAACGGGUUGCUAAACGUGACUUUGGGUCAACCACCAGUUGCCCCUUGUUGCUCCCUCCUUAACGGUCUAGUUGAUCUUGAGGCUGCAGUGUGCCUUUGCACUGCCCUCAAAGCUAACAUUUUGGGCAUCAACCUCAACCUUCCCAUCUCACUCAGCUUGCUUCUUAAUGUUUGCUCAAUGCAAGCCCCACGCGACUUCCAAUGUGCCUAAUCAUGGCAUGGUCUAAGCACAACUUGCUUCGUGUUUGCUACUUGUGCCUUUUCGUUGCUUUUUUUUUCUUCUUCUUCCAAAUCCCAUUGAUCAAGGUGUGAUUCUAGUAGUGCAUGCAUGGUUAACUUCUCGUUAUUCUGUCCCUGUAGUGUUUAUUUUAUCAGGCCAAAGUGUAACAUUAAAUAAAUCCCCAAUGCUUUCUUAGCAAAAGGAAUCAAAGAUGAUAGUGUUAUUUAUUUGACCUAUAAAUGAUUAAUAUUACAAGUACUUAUUUUA